UUUUGUUGAUACUUCUCCUAUCAAAAAUAACAAAUUUUUAUACACGUGCGUAAUCGAGUUCAACCACAACCAUUUUAAUAGUGCACUGAAAUGUAUAAUGUAAAGGGACCGAGUAAGAUCGUGGCGAAAACAACACGAAGAGGUAUACAAAAUUUGGACGGUUUUCGUGACUACACAAAGUCAAAGGUUAACGCGGUUGGAGAGGUUAUAAAUGACUCGAAACCAAUUUUUCAAAAUGUUUCAAAGAAAACUCACAACGAUACUCGAACUUUUCGUCAUAACGAGGUUAUUAUAACGCCUCAACAUGAAGAAUUGAUAUUUUUUAUCAACGAUUCCUGGAAUUCAGUGUAUUCGGAAAUUAAUUCAUCAGAAAACGUCAGCUUAACAGGUAAACAAACUUGUUAUUACAAGGAAGAUCCUUCACCGCAAUUAGAAAAUUUUAAACCUUUUGAUUUAGAAGGUUGGUGGGGCAAAAGACUGUUUAAUUACAUAACUAAUUCAGUUAAUCACAAAGGUUAAUUAAUUGAAGAAUUGAUUUAUCCUUAUUAAUUAAAAAAAAGAUCUUUUUCACUUUUUACAAUUUAAAGAAUUGGUCUGUUUACCAAUCCAUGUGAUAACGUAAAACAAAUUGAAAAAUAAUCAUAUAUUUUAUCAAUAUUUAUACGAUAAUUAUUAAAUUUACAUAUCAACAGUUUUAAACUUUUUAAAUAAAUUCUUUAAAUGUUAUUCUAAAGUCAUGUUCUAAUUUUAACUAUUUUCUGCAGUGCAAAUAUCACAUAUUUUUAUCCUAAUAAUUGUUACUUAGAUUACUAACUCUCACCGUAGACUGAUUAAUUUAGAACGGCUUUAUUCUAAAUAAUACAAUAUAGAAAACUUGUAUGUGUUAAAUUAGAAAUGUACAAUAAUUGUAACAGUUUUUAUUACCUUGUUACUAUUGUUUCUUAGUUUUGUUUGAAUCCCAAUAUAUUUUAUGAUGCUGUUUUUAUUCUAUUGUGCAUAGUGUUAUAUAAAUAUGGAAUUGUAUAGAUUUUAGGAUGAAUUGUUUUCGUUUUUUUAGAAAUAAAAUUAUUACUUUACAAGAUUA